AUGCCGGGUUGCUUCACCAACCUCUUCAACAAACUCUUCCACCGCGGCACGUGUGGUCCAUCCAAGCAUGUCUCUGGUACCUCCAAAAACGAUGCUGUCGGUCCCAGAGUUCUCCAUGACGGCACCGUUGGUACAUCUGCUGGGGUAGAUGUUGUCUUUAUCCACGGCCUUCGAGGUUCUCGUGUUCACACUUGGUCAGAUGGAGAGUACUUCUGGCCAAAAGACUUCCUAUCAGAGGACCUGGACAACGCGAGAAUCAUCACCUGGGGAUACGAUGUAAAUAUAGCCAAUCAUUUCAGCUAUGCAAGCAGGGAGAGCAUACGUGGUCAUGCCGAGACGCUGCUUCAUGAUUUAUAUAGGAUCCGACGCUUGAUUACACGGCCAAUCAUCUUUGUCUGCCAUAGUCUCGGAGGCUUGGUUUGCAAGGAGGCUCUGAUCAUAGCUGCUGCAUACGAUAAGCACCAACGCCACUCCAAUCUUGCUGCUACCUAUCCCAACACUAGAGGAGUAAUUUUCCUUGGAACACCACACCGCGGAAGCGGGGCAGUGGCUCUAGGGCAAGUGCUUUCCAGGAUUGCUUUUUUCCAUCGGCCGAAUACACAGCUGCUUCAAUCGCUUCAAGUGGAUUCGCACACUCUAGAGAGACAACGUGAAGAGUUCAUUACCAUCUCUGCGAGUCUCUCUAUCGUGUGCGUGAGAGAGGAGAUACCAACAUCUAUCGGCAUCAUUGUGUCAGAAGAAUCGGCAUCCUAUGACGGCUUUGAUGUUCGGAGGGGAGCCAUUCCUGCCGAUCAUAUCAACAUGGUCAAAUUCAAGAGCAAGGGCCAUAUAGGUUACGAAAGGGUUUUGUCUUGGAUUCAAGAGAUGCAGAGCUAG